AUGUCUCGAUCAGCAGAAUUAUUGAAGUCCAUCGACGAAAAUUUAAAUAAAAUGAUCGAAGAACAUGGUAUAAUCCUUAAAACUAAUUUACCUCUUAAAGACCUUCUAAAACCAUCAUCAAAUCGUACACCCCCAAACUCUUUUAUGUUAUAUUGUAAAGAUCAUUCUUCCGUGAUCAUAAACCGACCAGGUGAAAAUUCUAAAACUUUAUCACAAAUGUGGGAUUCUGAACCAUCUGAAAAAAGAAUGGUUUAUUCUGCUCUAUCAAACUUGAUGACUAUAGCAUAUAAGGAGGUCUAUACGAAGCUGAAACCAUGGGAUCAAUCUGCUUCAAUGCCCGCAUUUUGUUGUUUAAAUCAAAAGGCUGAGGCUAAAGAUACUCAAAAACAAUGA